AUGUGGUUUAGAUCUGAUAACUACACUCAUUCCGCAUUUGCCAUUUUUACCCUGGUCAUUUGCCUAUCAAUCACAAUAGUUGUUAGCCAACAAAUUGUAUUCACUUCCGGUAAUGCGAAAUUUCAUCACGCAUAUUUUAAAGAAUUUCGCCUGUUGGCCCACAAUGGAUCAUUGGACAUUUUGAUGAAUAUCACACACGAUUUGCCACAGGAUCCAUGGAUGAAUUUUGCUGUUUCGAUGGGUGGGUCGAAUAAAACGGCGGGCCAUCGCAAGCUGUUACAGUACAAUGUAAAUAUGUGUAAAAUAUUGGAUCACAACGAACGAAGUUUGGUGUCAAUAUGGGUGCAGAAUAUCUUUAAACAUGGUACAAUACCCUCGAAGUGUCCCAUCAAGAAGGGUAAUUAUACAUGGUGUGGCAUGCGUCCGGAAAUGUUAAAUAUCCCAACAUUCUUUGCCAAGGGUCAAUAUUUUGUCAAUAUGGACUUGUAUUUUCGCCAGAAGAGGCCGAAAAUAUCUUUGGCAAAUCUUACCGUAAUUAUUGAGAAAAAGUGA